AUGAAUGUUGCUACAAGUUUUGAGACAGAGAAUUCUGAGUUUAUAGAAGUUGAUCCUACUGGAAGAUAUGGAAGAUACAAUGAAAUUCUUGGCAAAGGAGCUUCCAAGACAGUAUAUAGAGCAUUUGAUGAGUAUGAUGGAAUAGAAGUAGCAUGGAAUCAAGUAAAGCUUUAUGACUUUUUGAAAAAUCCUCAAGACCUUGAGAGGUUAUACUGUGAAAUUCAUCUUCUCAAGACAUUGAAGCAUAAGAACAUCAUGAAGUUCUACACUUCUUGGGUUGAUACUACCAAUAGACACAUUAAUUUUGUCACUGAGAUGUUCACAUCUGGGACUCUAAGACAGUACAGACUUAAGCAUAAAAGAGUUAAUAUAAGAGCUGUUAAGCAUUGGUGCAGACAGAUUUUGGAAGGUCUCCUCUAUCUCCAUAGCCAGGACCCUCCUGUGAUCCAUAGAGAUCUCAAAUGUGAUAACAUUUUCAUCAAUGGUAACCAAGGAGAAGUCAAAAUCGGUGAUCUUGGCCUCGCUGCAAUUCUCCGCAGAUCGAAUGCUGUUCACUGCGUUGGAACACCCGAGUUUAUGGCUCCCGAAGUAUAUGAAGAGCAUUACAAUGAAUUGGUUGACAUAUACGCUUUCGGAAUGUGUAUAUUGGAGAUGGUCACCUUCGAAUAUCCUUAUAGCGAAUGCAACCAUCCUGCUCAAAUUUACAAAAAAGUUGUCUCUGGAAAAAUGCCAGAAUCACUUUACAAAGUAAAUGAUCAAGAGGUUAAGCAGUUUGUAGAGAAAUGUUUGGCAACUGUGUCCCUUAGGCUCUCGGCUAGGGAACUCUUAGAUGACCCUUUUCUCCAAAUUGACGAUUAUGGAUCUGACUCGAAAGAAUUUCAGUUUCAAAGAGGUUGCUAUGAAGUAACACCAACACUUAGACAAACUGUGAAUGGAAGUUAUAGCAAUGGCUUAAUGAGCUUGGACACUGAUAAUCCUGGUGGUUAUCAAAAUGAUUUUGAUCUCUUUGAUUGUGAACAGGAUUAUAAUUUGGAUAAAGUUGAUACCUCAAUCAAAGGUAGGAGAAGAGAUGAUGGCAUCUUUCUGAGAAUCAGAAUACCAGAUAAAGAAGGUCGAGUUCGAAACAUCUACUUCCCGUUCGACACGGAGACUGAUACCGCAUUGAGUGUUGCGUAUGAAAUGGUUGCGGAGCUUGACGUAACUGACCAAAACUUAACAAAAUUAGCAAAUAUGAUAGAUAAUGAAAUCGCAACUUUGGUACCAGGAUGGAAAAUGGGACCAAGAAUAGAUCAAGUUUCAGAAGCUUCUAGUGCAAGUUUCUGUCUCAACUGUGCUGCAAACAAUACCUUAGUUGAUUAUGUAUCAUCCAAUAAUCCAUGUGCCAAGAAUCUUCAAUUUUUCCAUUGUUCUAAAAGCGGAUGUGCCGCGGUUCACGGAAGAUUCGAGGAGAUUACGUAUCAAUACGAUGGGUCUGCAAACACUGCUACAGAAGCUGAACCACCAAGUCAACCCAAUGGCAUUCAUUAUGCAGAUAUCUGGGGUCAGCGAGACGAACGAGAGUCAAAUCAUGAAGAACUGAAAGACAUUCAUUGCGAUGAAUCUCACGAGAAAUCUAAACUAUCACUCAUAAAGGAGGAUGAAGAGGAGAAUAGUGUUAAUGUAGAUGACCAAAUUAAUCUUAAUACCAAAAGGCCUCCUUCUAGCCCUGCAGCAUCAGAAUGUUCAUUAUUCUUGGACUAUGAAAAUGAUAUAAGGCAUGAAUUAAGAUGGCUCAAAGCAAGGUACCAAAUGAAUUUAAGAGAGCUUAGAGGCCAUCAACUAGGUAUUGAUGCUGCAAAAUGCAACACUUUGGAUGACCAAAUUAUUCCAAGUAUUGCUUGUGAUACAAGUCAUCCUAACAAUUCUCAACAAAUGGUCACGGCCAAGGAUUUCUUUGCAAGAGCUUUGCUUCCAACCUCGCUUCAAAGGGCAACCUCACUUCCAGUCGAUGCAGUUGAUGUCUAG